CCGCGCGGCGCUUCCGGCCCUAGCUCCAACUCCUUCCGACUCCGGUUCCUGCGGCGCGGCGGCGGCGGUGAGAGGCUGAGGGUUGGUUGUGGUGGGGCCUCGGCAAGGGACCAGGGCACUGGAUGACCAUAACUAAACGAUGUCUGUGCCACGAGGAGCUGUCCAUGCAAAAUGGAUAGUAGGGAAAGUGAUAGGAACCAAAAUGCAGAAAACUGCCAAAGUGAGAGUGACAAGGCUGGUGCUAGAUCCUUACUUACUGAAGUUCUUUAACAAACGAAAAACCUAUUUUGCCCAUGACCCGUUGCAGCAGUGUGUUGUUGGAGACAUUGUUCUUCUGAAAGCUUUGCCUGAGAGAAGGAGCAAACAUGUGAAACAUGAACUGGCUGAAAUUGUUUUCAAGGUUGGAAAUGUGAUAGAUCCAAUAACAGGAAAGCCCUGUGCUGGAACCAGAUUCCUUGAAAAUCUGUCAGAUUCAGAAAACCUGACAGAGGCAGAUACCACCUAUCUGAGUGAAAAACUGCAGGAACUUAAAGUUUGUUCAACAGACAAAUAGUGGGGGGGAAAACAUUUAAACAGAGGGCUUCUCAGCUUGUCUGUCAGGGAUGGUUUGGGCCCUGCUGUUGUAUGUUAAAUAUUGCAGUGAAAUCUGUAGACAAGUAGUAAACAUAGUUGCUGAUGAGAACAGAUUGAGAGGCACCUCAAAUCUUUUCAUGAAAGAGAAAAUGUGAGUUUAGUGUUAACACUUCAUUUUGUUGCAUGUAGUUCUGCUCCGAGCUUUGACAAAUUUCAGCAGCCAGCUGCUUGCUUCAAAUGGUUCUUUGUGUUGAGAAAGACAAGGAUACAACUGCAUAUAACAUUUAAGUUUGGUGGGAGGAUCAUUACCUUGAUGGUUCUGUAUUCAGACAGUCUUCUGUGGCUUGUAGGAUUACUUCAGCUAAUGCUAUUAAACCUUUUGAGAGGAAGUGUAGAAUUUUAAAACCAGUUUAUCUGCAUGUGUCCUUAUUUCCUGUUACAGUCACUCAUACUACAUUGCAGUACCUUCUAUCUCCUAAAAUGUGUAAUAAAAACACAGCCUUUCUAAUGGUAGUAAGGUGAGAAUAAAAACUUUGGGUAGCUCAGCAUGAUUAUCUUUGUAACCUGUCCAAAGAAGUAUUUGUUUCUGGUAGAGAUGGACUUUUUUGAACUGCCAUCAGGAGAUAGAAGCUGAUGAGAAUACUAAGCCAAAGUGGUAGAUGGUUAGAUUUAGUCCCAUCACAAAGCUAAUUAAAACAUCACAUUUUUGGAGAGAGACAGGUGCAGAUUUUCUGCAUACUUCAAUAUGAAACUAGAAGGCCAUUGCCGUUAAUGAUUAAAGAUGACUUUUUCCUGCUACAGCUCUGGGGAUCUGGUGUUGUGUCUUCAGGACAUAAAACAGACUAAGUGUGCAGCUGUAGCAGCAGCCUGGUGUUGCUGACUUUUUAUUCAGAUCUAAAGGCACUUCUGCCUCAAACUCCAGCAUUUUUGG